AUGAGUGCGCUUGCGUUUAAGCUAGGGGCUCUACUGAUCAGGCAGGUCACAAGACCCGUGGCCAAUGUGCUGAAGCAGCAGGCGAAGCAGCAUUCGGCCUUCAAGCAGGUAUGCAUACGGUUAGCGCAGCAGAUGCAUCGGGCAGACGUGAAGCUACGGUCACGGCUCACGCCGGUGGCGCAGCCGAAGAAGAUACGGCCGCUCAAUGAUGAGCGGGCCGUCGAGAACGGGGCAACACUACUUAGUGAGCUCUUUGUAUUCGGCGUGACCGGCACCGUUGUGGUCUGGGAAACGGUCCGACAGCGCAACAAAGAGCUGGAUAGACGCGAGCAGGUAUUGCAGGACAUCAAGGAGCUACAGGAGGAGAUCGACGAGUUGAAGCGUGCUCUGGCGGAUCGCGCGUGA